AUGGUUCGACUGUCAUCAGCAGCGCUAUCCAUCCAUGCAAUAGUACUUGUGUUAUUCCUUCUUCAUCUCCAUGUUGGAGUUGCCGCUUUCCCACUAUCGAAAGACUCGUCUUCCUAUGUGUUACAAACCGAUGAAGAUCUGAAUCUCAAUCAAAAUAACCAGAACUGCACGGAUCAUCCACCCCGUCAACACUUGUACGAUGUGGUCGUCACGGAAUUGGAUGCCGUUGGCAAUCACAACGCAUCUCUGAUCAGUCGCAUCAAUGGAUCUUCGGAUUUUGAAUUCAAUUUCAAUCCGGCAUGGUUUCCAGUGCAACAACAACAGCACGAUAGUCAUGAUACAGUUGAUGGGCUCAUUGUUCGCUUGGUCGAUUCUCAAAAGCAUCCCGAAUGGGUCAAUGCCGGAGCCUUGGCAGUAGUACCCGUCAACUUGAACAACAAACCCAUGGCAGUUCGUAACAAAGUGACGGAAUCCAUGGUAACGUGGGCCGGGGCGGAACAACAACCUACUCCCACACAGCCAUGGGGUGCCGCCGAUCCUCGCAUCACGUAUCGACCCAAAACACAACAAUACUAUCUCACGUGGGACAAUUGCACCAAGAAUUGUUGGCCCCAUCGAGUGACAUAUUUAUCCACAACCGACAAUCCAUUGGAUCCCCAGGGAUGGACGUUUCAUGGACCCGUCUUUCCCUUUGCUUAUACCAGUGGCGCGGCCUUGCUCUUUCGGGAUGAUACUGACAAGACACACAACGAUAACAAUACACAUCCGACACACUUGGCAUUUAUUUGCAAUUCCAACACGGCCGAUACCAUAUAUAUUGCCGAAUCAAAGAAUGAUGGAUUGAAUUGGACCAUUCCCAAGGAUCCAUCCCGUCGCAUCCUCAUGAAAGGACGACCCGGAUGUUGGGAUGCCAAGGGUGUGGCCGCCGGUCCUCAACCAGAACGCAUCCCCACCACGGGUGAUUAUCUAUUGAUUUAUAACAUUGAUACCGGAUGGCCCUAUCAUCCCAAUCCGCUGGGUCGAUGUGCCAUUGGUUGGGCCAUUCUGGAUGGAAAAGAUCCCACCAAAAUUGUCGCCAGAGCGAUCAAACCUCUCUUGAUUGCCAGCCGACCCUGGGAAACAUGUCCCAAUCAUCACCGGGGUGAUUCCGACUGUCAAGUUCCCAUGGUAGUCUUUGCUUCGGGACUGAAACCAAUCGGCAACAAUCAGUAUUUGGUCAUUUACGGUGCUGGAGACGCGGUUGUGGGUGUCUCCAAAAUCCAAGUGGUCACCAGGAAUAGGGAAGGAACAAACCAAUGA